UGUGACUUAAAAAUGCCAUUUUGACAUUUAUGGAAUUUCCUAAGCUAGGAAAAUAUUGUGCUAAAUUAACAUGUAACAAAUUCGAUUUUCUCCCUAUUAAAUGCGAUGCUUGCCACCUAGAUUUCUGCGUUACCCAUAUUAGAUAUGAAGCACAUAAUUGCCAAUAUGUAAGAAAAAAAAAUAUUCCUACUAUAGAAACGACAGUGAAAAUACUAAAACAACCAGAGAAAAGUGCGGACACUUCAAAUGUGAAAUUAAACAAAAAUGAAAGCAAAGAUCCAAUUAGAAAUCAAGUAUGUCCAGUAUGUAACAAAAUUCAGGAAAAUUGUGUGUUGAGAGGUAAUAAAGAUGAUCUAACUGUUGGAUAUGUCUAUAAAAAUAAAGCAUACAGGAAUGAUAGUCCCACAAUUAUAAAUCCAAGUCCAAAUAUAGAAAAUAAUGUUUGUUCAUUCAAAGCUUGUAAACAGAAGGAAAUGUUGAAACUAAUUUGUCCACAUUGCUCAAGAAAUUAUUGUAAGAAACAUAAACAUCCAAUUGAUCAUCUGUGUAAUGGUUUGAAAUUUAAACGAGGAUCUGCAGUAUUCAAAGAAAACCUAACAAAGGUUUAGUAUGAAUUAUUUAUAUGUUAUCUAAUAAAAACAUUAUGAUAUUCCUAUAA